AUGAUUUACCCUGAGACUCCAGUCCUGCGAGCAGAGGACGUCGAGAAGCUAGUGAAUGACCGACUCCAAGCUUUCCAACUUAAAGGAAGCACAGAAGAAGCCUUGCACAAGGAAAUUGAUCGAGUUGACUGCUUGCCCUUUGCCGACAAAGUGGAACGAGCUCCUCCACCGAAGCGGUUCACGACGCCAUCCAUCACUCCAUUCAAGGGAGACUCUGAGCCUGAGAUUCAAGACUGGUUCCACACUCUACCGUCCGCGUCGAUAGGAAACUUCAAGGAGUUGGCCCUCAUCUUCACAAAGGAGUACACCUCCUACAAGACGGUCAGAAAGCAUGCGGACCAUCUAUUCAACCUGCGCAAGAAGCCAGAUGAGUCUCUACGAGACUACCUAAGACGGUUUAAGGCUGAAAAGGCUAACAUCAUAGGAUGCAAUGACCAAGUUGCAUCCUCAGCUUUCAAGAAGGGCUUGCCAACCGAGUACGAGUUAUACCGGGAGCUGGCCAUAACACCAAGUCAAACCUUGGCAGAAGUGUUCGCGACGGCAGAACGCUACGCACUUUGGGACGAUGAUCGAAUCGCCGCAAAGAAAGCUAGCAAGCACGUUGAUCACCCGACGAAGCAGGCAAGCCAAAAGAGCAACCAGUUCGAGCAAAGAGCCCGAGAUAAGCGCAGAUCGCGGCCCCGAGAGGGAAGCUCAGAAAUAGGGACCUUCACUGAGUUCGCUAUCCCAAUUCAUCAGAUCCUGGCUCAAGUGAAGGACAAGCCGUGGGUGAGGAGACCGCCACCCAUGAAGGGAGACCCCUCUAAGAGGGACACCAGUAAAUCCUGCGCAUUCCACGGGGAGCACGGACAUUACACCAACAACUGCAAUGCUUGGAAAAGGCAUCUUGAGGAGCUGGUCAGAGAAGGUCAUUGCACAGAAUUCGUUGCAAAGAGGGCCAUUCAGCAGAUCGAGGAUCGUGAUGCGGCUGCCAAGGAACCUCCCCAAAAGGUCAUUCGAAUCAACACCAUUCUAGCUGACUCCCGGGAGUCCGGGCUGACUACCAAGGAGCGCAAGAGGAAGAUCGCGCAGAUUGAACAAGCUGAGAUCGAGCGAAUUCAUGUGGAUGAGGGCAGCGCAGCUAACAUCCUGCAACUAUCUGUCAUCCAACAGAUGGGAUUGGAGCCCAAGAUUAGCAAACUUGCCAGGUCGCUUACCGGCUUCAAUGGGGCCACAUCAAUCACUGUUGGAACGAUCGACCUUGACGUCCACGCACCCCCAGUGCUCUGCUCGCAAACCUUCAUGGUCAUCAACGAGAUCUCCCCCUACAAUGGAAUCUUGGGCCGACCGUGGAUCAGCAAGAUCGAGGCCAUCACAUCUGCUCUACACCAGAAGAUUCGAUAUCCCAUCCCUGGAGGCGGAAUCGGGCAGAUCAAUAGUGACCAAGCCAUGGCAAGAAGAUGCACAGCCCAAGGGCUCAAGAAGAGCAAGCAGUUGCAGUUCACACCAGUAAUGCAAGCUGCUAACAAAGCACGGAGCGUUCCCAGCAAACAAGCAAGCUCGAGCGAGAAGGGAGCUGUUACCCCACAAUAG